UACCCUCAACAGCCAGCAGGAGGGUACCCUCAAUUUCCAGGACAACCUGGAAGUUACCCCAAUCAAAGAGGCUACCCUCAACAGCCAGCAGGAGGGUACCCUCAAUAUCCAGGACAACCUGGAGGUUACCCCAAUCAAAGAGGCUACCCUCAACAGCCAGCAGGAGGGUACCCUCAAUAUCCAGGACAACCUGGAAGUUACCCCAAUCAAAGAGGCUACCCUCAGUACUCAGGGUAUCCAGCUGGUAGUUACCCAGCCCAAGGACCUGCAUAUGGAGGCUAUGGAAAWUAUCCCGGUAGUUACAUCAACUACAACCCAAACAACAAAAUCUUGAGCCCUCACUAUGGUGGCAGUUUUGGAUAUGGGGGCUAUGGAGGAGCAGGAGGUUCUCCCUUCUCCCACUCRGUAGGGGCAAUGGGAUAUGAGCCCUCUUCUAAGUCCAAAGGUUUUGGACGCAGCGCAGUAAUGGCAGCAGCUGGAGGGGCUAUGGCAGGAAUGGCUCUGGGCUAUGGGUUAGGAAGGUUCCCUCGACCUCAUUUCCACUUCCACAACCCCCAGGAGGAGUAUUAUUACAACUACUACAUGUACAGGAAAUACGGUAUGAAGUCCAACGACAAGAAUGACUACAGCAGAGACUACCAAUAUAGUCAGCCACCGGAUGCCUUCGACAAAUUCAUGGAGUCCUGUUUGAAGAGAACAGAUCUUCUUUCGGAAGAAAAUCAAAAACCAAAAGCGGCUAAAAUCACAAUUGCCUCCGUAAAUACCAUAAAUUCAAGCAACGGCGUCAAUGCAAGCAACGGCGCCAACGCGAGCAGCGGCAUCAACACGAGCAGCGGCAUCAACACGAGCAGCGGCAUCAACGCGAGCAGCGGCAUCAACGCGAGCAGCGGCAUCAACGCGAGCAGCGGCAUCAACGCGAGCGGCAUCAAUGCGAGCAGCGACACCAAAGCAGGAAGCUUCUCAACUGCUUCAACUCCUGAACAUCUGAACAAAUCUGAGGUCAAAGCUACAACCCCAUCUCCUACACGGAUUCUCAGAACUGACGAUGAGGACGACACAGUCAGCAUUGUGGAAAUUGGCUACCCAGCACUGAUCAAACAGAUGAAGGUGAAGAGAUGUACUGAGCUCUUCAUAGUUUAUGCUGAUAGACAUUUAAAGAAAAAGACCCCGCCAACAGUUCACCCGCACAGUGGGUUACCUGAACUGAAUACGGGCCUUUUGUCUGUUCUCACCACAACACUGAUGCUAAUGCUGCUGAACUAAUGCUACAUUACAUUUGUAMAUGGAAUUUUCUCAUUUUCAAAUUGUGACUCCCAGGUUAGAGUUCCAGCUUGGAAAAACUGAUCUAAAUAAACUAAAAUCUGAUAUGACUGUCAUGCACAGAAAACACGGUUGCUGUGGGAAACAUUUUAUUUGCACUUCUGGUUGUUUAUAUUUUAUUAAAUCRGCAACACAAAAUCCUGAAUGACAUCAAUCUACGAAAAGGUUGCUAAUWUAUAAAUGCAUAAAAUGUAGAGAAACUUCACAUUAUUAUUGGCUUCUUGUAUUGCUAACAUGAGUUGGUCUGUCACAAGUCAAACAAUGAGAAAAUCCUGCUCAUUUUUGUUGCCUCGCUGCCAGAACCAAGGUUACACUUCUGAGACAUCAAACAAACAAAAUGAGAUUGUCAACUCAAGAAAUCCUUUGAGGAAACUACACUUUAAAACAAUAUAAUUUGAAAAAAAAAAAAAAGAAACCAUAUAAACCAAUCAUUUAGGAAAAACAAUGCAUUUAUUCCUUAUGAAAAACUAUCCACUUUUGUCUUUACUUUUAUUUUGAACUCAAUUUAGACAUUUUCUUUGUGGUUAACUAUUUUUAAGCUAAAUGCAAAGUUGCUGUGCUUUAUCAUUAUUCUCUCUGUAAUAAAUCUGUUAGUUGUUGUUUAAUCCCUCAGCUGCAUGCCAUCACUUUACAACUGUAUUAAGCCACAAAGCUGACUUCCCUUUUCACACGUUGGCCAUUUCGGCUCUGUUACUACUGUACCUCGCUGAACAAAGGAGCAUCAGGUGUGGAUUGACUUUGACUUCSCUAGCCAUGUUGGCCCGUUCAAAAAUCACACUGAGACAGCCAGAAGGUGUCUAAGUCCUGAUUCAAAUUGUUAUGUGAAGGAGUCAAAAGAAAAGUGCAGAAGARGAAUGAGGUGUAUUCUGUAAUGUCAUGAAAUUUGCCAAAACUGCAACAUAUAAAAUUUUAAAYACUGGCUCAU